ACUGUCUAUGAUGAGUGGUUCAUUACGCUUUACAAUUUGGUAUAUACCUCCCUCCCAGUGCUAGGAAUGAGCCUCUUCGAUCAGGAUGUGGAUGAUCGUUGGAGCAUGCUGUUUCCUCAGCUUUAUGUGCCUGGCCAGCAAAACCUCUAUUUUAACAAAACGGUGUUUGUCAAGUGCAUGUUGCAAGGGAUCUACAGUUCCCUCAUUCUCUUCUUCAUCCCCUAUGGGGCCAUGUACAAUACAGUAAGAAGUGACGGGAAGGCCAUUGCCGACUACCAGUCCUUUGCACUGAUGGCCCAGACCUGCUUACUGAUUGUGGUGUCUGUACAGAUUGGGUUGGACACCUCUUAUUGGACAGUUGUGAACCAGUUCUUCAUCUGGGGAAGCCUUUCUGUUUACUUUGCUAUCACCUUCACCAUGUAUAGUGAUGGCAUGUACCUGAUCUUCACAGCCUCCUUCCCAUUUGUUGGUACGGCUCGAAACACCCUCAGCCAACCAAACGUGUGGCUAGCGAUGUUCCUCAGCAUCACCCUCUGUGUGCUGCCUGUGGUUGGCUUUCGAUUCCUGAAGGCUCAGUUAAAGCCAACUCCCACCGAUAAGGUAAGGAGAUACCUUAUCAAAGAAGCCAAAAAGAGGCCACCUCCACCCUCACCCAAGAGACGCCUGCGUCGGACCAGCACCCGCCGCUCCGGCUAUGCCUUUUCCCAUCAGCAUGGCUUUGGAGCACUCAUUAUGUCUGGGAGAAACAUGCGGCCAAAAUCACCUUUUGCCACAACGGGAACGUUUUCACCAAAUAGUGACAAAUAUAAACACAAAGGACUGUAA